GUCUUGAGUUUGUUUAUCAGCUGAGUUUACUUCAAUAAUGGAUAAUCCAGUACUCGAUGUUGCUUUGCAGGAUGAAGCAUUGGGAACAAAGUCAGACCGGAACAUUGCUGUACCCUUAGAAAAACCAGACGUUUCGACUACUAUCAUCGACGCCCUGAAUAAUGAUGAAAACGUUAUUGAUCUCGACGAGAAUGAACCGGAACACCCCCUUAACUGGCCUUUAUGGCGAAAAUGGUCAAUUGUUAGCUGUACGGCAUUGAUGUUCAUGUUGGUUAACUUGGGCACCAUCACUAUUGUUCCAGCAGUACCAAAAGUAAUGGAAGAAUUCCACGUUACAAAUGAACUAUACUCAACCUUGCUCGUGUCCAUCUGGGAGCUUGGCGAAGUCUUCGGACCGUUCUUGGUGGGACCUCUGUCGGAACUCUAUGGGCGAAUGCCUGUAUAUCACACUGGAAAUAUUCUCUUCAUUCUGUGUCUUACAGGAGGGGCACUGAGUACUAAUAUGUCCAUGCUCAUCGCUUUUCGUUUUCUAUGCGGACUGGUCGUUUCAUCGGUGACUUUAGGGCCCAGUAUCGUCGGGGACCUCUUCAGAAAAGAAGAUCGAGGUACCGCUAUGUCGGUAGCUAUUGCCUUUCCACUACUCGGGCCAUUUGCAGGACCGGUCAUUGGGUCCUAUAUUACUGAAGCAAAAGGCUGGCGAUGGAGUAUCUGGAUUGUUGUGAUUGCCGUAGGAGCGGUAACUUGUUUUGGGUUUCUUACAUUUCGAGAAACGUACAAGGUAAAACUCGUGCAGCGAAAAGUAGAGAGACUCCGCAAAAGUACCGGCAACGAACAUUUGCGAUCGAAAUAUGAAAGUUCGGGGAAGCAUGCGGAUUUAAAGGACUCUUUGCUACGGCCAAUCAAAAUGCUGUUCCUUUCGCCAAUCGUUUUUAUCAUAUCUUUCUUCACGGCUUUAGUCUAUGGAAUUUCCUAUGUUAUUCUUACUACACUUACUCCGAUCCUAGAGGAUAAUUACGGACUUGGCCAAGGUCCUGUGGGACUUGCAUUUCUGGGAAGAGCUGCUGGGAAUGUUAUAGCUAUGCUGCUCUAUGCCAUGGUCUCAGAUCGAUACAUCAAGUACAAAAAAUCACAAGAAGGACACCUAAAACCCGAGCAUCGACUUCCCCUCAUGCUUCUCGGCGCCAUUGUUCUUCCUAUUGGUCUCUUUCUCUACGGUUGGUCCGCCGAAAAGCACGUUCAUUGGAUCGUUCCUAUUAUUGGAACUGCAAUUGUGGGCUUCAGCUUCAUAUUGUCAAUACUUCCCACAGAGAACUAUCUCGUCGAUGUACACGAACUACAUGCAGCUUCGGCAGUGGCUGUGUGCUGUAUACUUCGUGCUUUAUUUGCUGCUAUUCUACCGCUCGUUGGACCGCCUUUGUACAACCGAUUGGGACUCGGAUGGGGUAAUUCGUUGUUAGCUUUUAUUUGCAUCGCUUUUCUACCUGCACUUGUGGGGUUGAUGAUUUAUGGAGAAAGAAUGAGGAAGAAUUCAAGGUUCCACUAGAGUUCUUUUUACAUAAAACCAAAUAAAUAUACCUUCAUAUCGAUGGGUUUCGGAAAGUCUUUCCGAAAGACCUAAUCAUCCGCGAUCUGCCAAAAUCCUGCUUACGCCAAGUCGAACUCCGUGAAACUUAUUCUUACAACAAUAUGGUCUCGACCCCAUGAUGUUUAGGUAUAUGAGAGCACAGAUUCCCAGGACAUAAUUGUCCUUUUAUGCGGUAGGCAACGAACUUGUUAAUAGUCUAUUUCUUCUGAUACAUCGAUGAGUACAAGGCAUUGUGAAAUGAUCUCCUCAUAUUUCAAGAUGUACCAGUUGGGAACUUUCCAGAUAAUUUCGUCAUUCAUUUUGACAAGUUCUAUAGCAUCAAUUAUUCCAAGCACCCCAUACAAAUCCCUAUCAACUCGAGAAUGCCGAAAGAUUUCACCAUCUUGGAUCUCCCAGAUAUCAAGCUCCGCUCCCAACACAAGCUACUCAAAUGCCAUAAGUAGCAACGGUGCUGGUUCAUUCUUCGUAUACCAGAAUUCCACGACUGCUCUUCUUCAAUACAUGUCCUUCACAAUCCCUUCGUCCACUCAGAGCCCCUCUAGCACAAAUCCGACCUGCAGCCUCGCUGCCACCUUCCCAUUUUUCGAGUCGCAAUAUCUAGGCUGGUCACUUUCCUCACCAACUCCACCGACACUAGACAUCUCUAUCGUCUCCCCACUUUCCAAUUCUCCAUUUAAUACUCCGCCAACCUGGACUUCAGCCUUCUUUCCUGAAAACUCCGAUACCCCUCAGCAUUUUGGAGUACUCACGCCAGUACUACGUCUCGAUACAACGGUUAAUUCAUUACUAUGUCCUGAAAAUGGCGUGCUGAGCUUUGUGUUUCGGUUUGCGGAUGGUGUUGUAGGAAAUAAGACUGUAUAUGAGAUAUGGCCACAGUAUCCAGCGGGAUUAUCAUCAGGUUUACCGAUGACAGGUGUUUACUUAAGUGUGUGCUGAUUUAUUUGGAUGAUGGUAACCAUAGAUUUAACAACUCUUGAGUGGGACAAGCCCAUCGCUGCUGAAUUUACUUGAGCUCUAAUCUUAAGAUAAGAAUCUCCUAGAAGGAUUAAUCA